GGCAGGGCACGAGCAGGCCCGAUGCCCAAUCCUCCCACCAUAUCUAGAAGGCCUCUGGCUAGACUGGGUUCUCAUGCCUACCCAUCCCUAUCCAGGUCAUAUUCAGAAGUUCCUUGAUGUUGUAUGGACUUAAUAUCUGCCGAUAUCAGGCCAAAGUUUCACAUUGUUUGGCAGCGCUAUGAGUCUCUACUUAUCUAGGGGAAAAGAACUCAGUUUUGGAACACAAAGAAGAUGAGUUCUUGGCUGGAGUGGGACAGGUCUUUCUAAAUCACAACCUUCAUGGGUCCCUUGUGAUCAUACCCUAUCCAGGCAAAACAAACACCCCCAUGUGGCUUGACGUGAAUGGCAUCCUUAUCCAAGUCACUAGUCAGCUUCAAGAUCAUGAAUUUAUAUCUCCUGCAAAGCUAUUGCAGCAGCAAAAGGAGCUUGAGAACUCUUUGAUUUCCUGAUCUCACAGCAACUAUUAACCAAAAUGCAGGUUGCUUUGAGUCUUUCCACAUCGAUUUCAAUCACAAGAAAUAAAAACUCUCUACCAUGUUCGACUGCCAAGCCGAGGAAGAAUGCUAUUCUACUGCGCCCACGAAUCACCGCGGCUGCUGCUGAAUCUGUCUCAGUCGACUAUAGCUCUGCAACCUCCGUCUUUCCAGCAGAAGCAUGUGAUGUGGUAGGAGGAGAAGCAUGUGCUGCCAACAUGUAUCCUGAGGUGAAGCCCAGAGAAGAGAUGGCCAGCAGCAGAGGACGCCAAAAUGCCAUGGAGGAAGUUGACCGAGAAUACUUGGAAUACAAUGAGCCCACGACGGUGUUUCCAGAUGAGGCCUGCGAUGAUCUCGGUGGGGAAUUCUGUGAAGCAGAGUACCAGAAGGGAGGUCGUAGAUGAUAAACUUCCAGAAAUGUGUUUUAUGACUUUCACUGUAGCAUUAUCUGCCAUGCCAACAUGAUGGAUCAUGUACUAUUAACAAGAUGACAGGGCGUGUUUGUACGUGCUAUUUGCUUUUAGAAUUAUCAUAUGCAGCUUGUAGAUGAACUGGUUUUCACAAAUAUGAAAAUAUUCAGUGGUGUGUGAA